AUGGCAGAAUACUUGGCCUCCAUUUUUGGCACCGAAAAGGAUAAGGUCAACUGCUCGUUCUACUUUAAAAUCGGUGCCUGCCGACAUGGGGACCGCUGUUCCCGCAUCCACAACAAGCCAACUUUCUCGCAAACCUGCCUCCUGCAGAACCUGUACGUAAACCCGCAGAAUUCGGCCAAAUCGGCCGACGGUAGCCAUCUGGUAGCGAACGUAUCGGACGAAGAGAUGCAGGAGCAUUAUGACAAUUUUUUCGAGGACGUGUUCGUCGAAUGCGAAGACAAGUAUGGCGAAAUCGAGGAGAUGAACGUGUGCGAUAAUCUUGGCGAUCAUUUGGUGGGCAACGUGUACAUAAAGUUUCGCCGUGAGGAAGACGCUGAACGGGCUGCCAAGGAUCUUAACAAUCGCUGGUUUGGUGGAAGACCGGUUUAUUCGGAACUGUCCCCGGUGACUGAUUUCCGCGAGGCGUGCUGUAGGCAGUAUGAGAUGGGUGAAUGCACGCGCUCCGGGUUCUGUAACUUCAUGCACCUGAAGCCAAUAUCUCGUGAGCUGCGACGCUAUUUGUACUCUAGGCGCCGCGGACGUUCCCGGUCCCGUUCUCGGUCACCACGUCGCGGCGGCGGUGGUGGUGGUGGCGGCGGAGGCGGUGGUGGUGGUGGCGGCGGCGGUAUUGGAGGUGGUCGUGAUCGUUCCCGCGAUCGUCGUCGAUCGCGCAGCCGAGAAAGGAAAAACGAUCGUAACGACAAUGGGCGUAAAGGACGAUACUGA